UCUCCAAAACCUAAUAAAGUUCAGGUCAUGGAGCCUCAGCAGAACUUUCCUCCUAUUUUAAGCCAACAAGGCCCACCAUUUCCAAUAUUACCAGAAGCUUCAGGUCUUCAUUUCUGCUCGAGCUCGAGCAUACUUGGAGGUGAUGAGCAGAAUAAAGGGAAAGGUAGAGGGAAGAAGGAGAGCAGGCCGAGGUUUGUGUUUCAGACGAGGAGUGAAAGUGAUAUAUUGGAUGAUGGGUUUAGAUGGAGGAAGUAUGGGCAGAAGAAAGUGAAGAACUGCAGCUUUCCCAGAAGCUAUUACAGGUGCUCUCAGCUCACAUGCAAUGUGAAGAAGCAAGUGCAACGUCUUUCAAGUGAUGCAGCAAUAGUUGUAACCACAUAUGAGGGAGUUCAUAACCAUCCAUGCGAGAAGCUCAUGGAGACCCUUAGUCCUCUUCUCAACCAGAUGCAGUUUCUCUCUCAAUUCCAAUAAUUUUCAUUAACUAAUUCCACUUCUUCAUCAACUGGAUAUAAAUGGGCAUAUAUGCAACCUAUAAAAUGUCCUUAAUCAUCAUUUCUUCUCAAAUACAUCAUAUAUAGCUUGUUUU